AUGUCGGAGCGCUCCACUGUGCACGUCUCGGGCAUCUCGUCCACCACCUCCGAUAAGGAGGUCCAGGACUUCUUCAGUUUCUGUGGCAAGAUCACCAACAUCUCGGUGACCCCCGUUUCCAGCGAAGCCGAAGCGACCAAGUCCGCCACGGUGACGUUUGAGAAAGAAGGUGCCGCCAAAACUGCCCUCCUACUGGACCAGACCCAGCUGGGCCCAACCGCAGUCAACGUCCAGGCCGCCCAGACCCUGGAAGAUAUUGCCGGAUCGCAUGGCGCCACCGCCUCCGAGGCCAAGGAUGAAAACAACCACGACCUCGAGCAGGAGGAUAAGCCCAAGUCUCGCAUCAUUGCCGAAUACCUCGCCCAUGGCUACACGGUCAGCGACGGUGCCAUUCAGAAGGCCAUCGCCCUCGACAAGAAGCACGGAUUCUCCAACCGCUUCACCUCCGUCCUGAGCAACUUUGAUCAGAAGUACCACGCUACCGACAAGGCCCGCGGGUUCGACGAGAACUACAAGCUCAGCAACAAGGCCGCCAGUGGCUGGCGCGGUCUGAACUCCUACUUCACCAAGGCCCUGGGCACCCCCUCCGGCCGCAAGCUGCACGAGUUCUACAUCCAGACCGACAAGCAGGUGCGCGACAUCCACACCGAGGCGCGCCGUCUCGCAGACCUAAAGUCUGGCAAGCCUGCUCAGGGUGAAUCGAGCGAGGCGGCUCCGGCGCCCGCCAGUGCGGAGGCCGGCAAUGUUCCUGAGCCCGUCCCCGCCGCUACUCCUGCUCCGGCCACGCUGCCCGCCGGUGAGGCUCCGGCCCCGGGCACUGCCCCUCCUGCGGACCAGAAGGCAUGA